CGUUAGUUUGUCGAGCCAGCAGCAGCCCCUGCCCCAGAUGACCGGAUGACAAAGCUGGAAAAUAUUCUAGCUUCAUUCAUGACUAGCACUCAGGAUGGUAUCACGUCACUGGAGGCAGGUCAGCGGAACCAGGGUGCCAUUUUGCAAGAUCUGCAGACCCAGGUGGGCAUCUUGGCCAGCCAAAACACUACCAGGGCACCGGGGACUCUGCCUGCCACCACUAUCCAGAAUCCUCGGGAUCCUCACCAGCUCCAGCAGCUGGAUGCCAUUUUUACCAGGAGCGGUAAGACCAUAUAUGCUGAUCCUGUCCCGGCCAGACAUGAGGAACCAUCACCUGCUUCGGCACUUCCAGCCGACGAUGCAGCAGUGCGGGUGGAGAAGGAAGUCCCUGCUCCCAAGCCACAACCAGUGGUUAAGGAGCAUGUACCCCAGCUUCCCUUCCCCACUCGCCUACACAAAGACAAGUUGGAGACUGAGUUUGCCAAUUUUAUGGCAAUGUUGAAGCAGCUCAACAUCAGCAUACCGUUCGUGGAGGCACUGUCGAAGAUGCCCAAGUAUGCCAAGUUCAUGAAAGAUCUCCUCACCAACAAGAAGAAACUUGGGGAUCUCUCGACAGUGUUGCUGAGCGAGGAGUGUUCUACUAUCCUGCAGAACAAGCUGCCCGAAAAGCGCAAGGACCCAGGGAGUUUUACUAUCCCUCUUACUAUUGGCAGCAUGCAUGUAGGCAAGUCCUUGGCGGACCUAGGCGCUAGCAUAAAUGUCAUGCCAUAUAAGUUGUAUAAAAAGCUAGACCUAGGUGAACUUAGCCCUACUAGGAUGAGCAUUCAGCUAGCUGAUCGUUCCAUUGUGCAUCCUAGGGGAAUCAUAGAGGAUCUGCUUGUCAGUGUCGGUGCAUUCACAUAUCCUGUUGAUUUUGUUAUUCUUGAUAUACAUGAGGAUGUGGAUGUGCCAUUGAUUCUGGGGAGACCAUUUCUUGCCACCGCCAAGGCACUUAUUGAUGUGCAUGAUGGUAAACUGAUCCUGCGUGCUGGGAAUGAACAUGCUACUUUUUCUGUGACUGAAUUUGAUCAUUGUGCUAUGAUUGCUGUCACGCCUGUACAUGCCAUUUCUGAUCAGGUACACGAGCCUGUCGUGUAUCCUUCUCAACCUCUUAUUUUGCAGGACCCUCCUAUCAUUCCUUCGCUGCCACUCCAUCCAGCCUCGCCUCCGAACAAAAAGCUCAAGGAGGAGUGGCGGCCGAAGCAGCAGGUUGCUAAGCCUGUUCGGAAGAAAGGUGGAGACCACUAUGAGCUGGUCCCACCUUCUGCACCACGACCACCCUGGUCGUCCGGGUACUCACUCGCCUGCAUCUUGCCGGAUGGCCAGGUCGAGCUGGCAGAUGAUGGUGGUCGCAUCCGUCGGGUGCAUGGCCACAACCUGAAGCUGUACCUCAAGAGCGACGUGGAUCCGCUCUUGGAGGCACCUGUUCCUGCACCUCCCUGAGUAUCCACCAUUGGCGUCCAGCUAAAAGACGGUAAAGAAGCGCUUGUGGGGAGGCAACCCCACCACGGUUUGACUUACUUUCUUGUGUUUUGAGUCGAAUUGUAAACCAGUUUGGUUUUGGUUUGUUUUCUGGAUGUAUUAUUGGGCUGACCAUUAGACCUAACAUAUUGUGUUUGAGCUCUUUGGUUUCCUUUGGCUGUGCUUACCUUGACAGGUCCUCUCUCCAGUCCGCUUCACUCGACUGGUCCGCUUCCAGCCUCCUGCAGUCCGUGCAUACCGGUAAAAUCGUUCCCCUUUUUCUUCCCUCUUCUCCAUUGAGGGUAAUGUCGAUCUUAAGUGUGGGGGGAUGUUUAUCUUUUGACUGCAUUUGAUCUGUUUGUGUGCUUGGGGCCUAGUCCACUGUCCAAAUUUUAAAAUUUGAGGGCUCCAAGUACGUGUUCCCUGCAAUUGCCUGCUCAGUAUGCUUUGAAUUGACAGUCUUUAUAGUAAUAUGCAACCUAGGGAGGUAGUGUAGCACUAUGGAGGAUGUUGAUGCAUUUAAGAAGUCUCACUUCUUCUUCAUAUUGUGUUGGUUGAUUGAGGCCCCAAGCAUGUGUUCCUUGCAAUUGCCUGCUCAGUAUGGUUUGAAUUGACAGUCUUUAUAGUAAUAUGCAACCUAGGGAGGUAGUGUAGCACUAUGGAGGAUGUUGAUGCCUUUAAGAAGUCUCACUUCUUCUUCAUAUUGUGUUGGUUGAUUGAGUGAAUUAGUGAUCUUAGGACCCUUGAAUUGUGUGGUGUUGUGGACUCUCUACCUUUGAGUUUAACAGGUGCUCGAAAAUGUGCUUCAAAAUAACGUCUCCCGUGCGAAUAGGGCGAAAGUGUGUAAGGGGAGACGAGAAUCCGUUCCCAAUUUCCACCUACUACCUCCAGCCCCCUUACAUGUCUUUCCCCCGCACGAGGCUCGAGACAUCCGCUCCUGGCAUGGCCGGUAAGAGCCGGGCUCCCGCAAAACCUCUGCUAGGUGGGAGCCCCCAUUUUCUGAAAAGCAGGUUGGGACCCUUGAAAAAAAAAAAAAAACAGAAAACAAGCAAAACAGAAAGAAAAGGGGUUCCAACCAUCUUCAAGAAGAAAAUAGAGCACCUUGAAAAAUGUGAGUCCAUGAUCCUUUAUUUUUUAGAAUCUCUUCAUCCACGAUUCAUUUGUCCUCUGUUCACUAUUUGCCAUGAUGCCGACUCGAUACUAGUGCUCUCGCCGAAGGAGCUAUGAGAUGACUUGUGCGUCGGUUGACCUCGUAAGCUGCUAAAUGAUCUAGGAAGUCCUCUACCUACGAUCUGGGUUAUUUGUUGCUAUAGAGGUCUGGAGAGUUGCAUUGGUUUGAGUUAGGUUUGCUUGGGGACAAGCAAACGGUUAAGUGUGGGGGAGUUUGAUAACGAUGUAAUUGCACAUAUUUGCGCCCCUAGUUCUUAUCCGUUUGAGGGGCAUAGUCGUGUAUCUUUGGCCUAUUUUACGCCGGGUUGUGCUAUUUUGUCAUAUUUCAGGUCCCAGGCGUCAAAGGGAAGGCUAAGCAUGAGUUUCGGGGCAUUCGGAAGUCAUUUCGUCGAGCUGGAGCCAAAACACGGGCACACCUAAAACAGAACACGGCCGUGUUCUGUGGCCGUGCUUUUGCUGCCGAGAGCUAAUUCGAGUUUGGCAAACAUGAGCUGAUUACACGGGCAGGGCUGAGAAUUUGCACGGCCGUGUCGACCAAAGCACGGCCGUGUCCACCCGAAAGCACGACCGUGUUUGCACCAACACAAUGGCCGUGUAAUUAACACUAGCCAAAGCA